AUGUUAGAAACAUCUUUGAUAGCCCUGAGGAAGAUACAGGAGGUCCUCAUUCUGGCCAGCCAACCUUCAGAGUCUUCAAUGAUAGUGACCUCUUCUCUUACUACUCUGAUGCUACGAAGCCAAAACACAUCAGCUUUAUCUUCAAGUUCUUAUACUCUUGGCUACCCAGCGUCUAUGCGUUUAAGCCUCCCAUCGGCCUCUGCUUUGGACAAUCUCCUGAGUAAACACCAAAGUGUAAACAUUCAUGUUACUGGGCUGGCUUUCGAUCCCUUCAAGCAUUUUGAUGAGCAGGAUAUUGUUGGAAGUAUUGGAAAUGUAUUACUCACCUCUAAUCAUAAAUCUCUUCAAAUCCAAGACCUGUUGGAAGAGUCAGAGAUAAUACUCUGGAGAGAUGGCAGCAUAGAAACCUAUCCCACCAGCUUCAGCAUGAGAACAGACUGCUUUGUGAUCACAAUAAACAUCACUUUCCUAGAGGAAUCUCUGAUAGUCUGGGUAGAGCCUGAAGAUCCUCUUUCCAUCACACUCUACCUUGGCUUCCAGUAUCAACCUAAUAGUACCCUUUUUCAUCUGAACAUCACCUUCCCAAAGGAACAGAUAUGGGAGAAAGGUGAGAAGUACUCAUGGGGGCUUUCUCCAGAAAGUCUGCAACAUGGAACAGGUACCUACUAUAUAACAGCUGUGCUGAAUGAAAGCAAGAAAGACCCAAAGCAGACAUUCCUGAGAUUCUCAGUCACCACAGCUGCCACUCAGUGUUAUUUCUGGGAUCAUCACAACAAGACAUGGAAGAGUGAUGGCUGCCGAGUAGGGCCUCAGAGCACAAUUACCAAGACCCAGUGCCUCUGCAGCCGCCUGACCUCCUUCAGCAGCUCCUUUAUAACCCUGCCCAGGACGGUGAAUGUCCAAGACAUGGUCGAGCUCUUCCAUGGGGCGUCCCGCAAUCCCGUUGGGGUCCUGCUGGCCAGCCUUUUGGGAUUUUACAUUAUUUGUGUUGUAUGGGCCUGGAGAAAAGAUAGAGAUGACUGGAAGAAGAUGAAAGUCACCAUCCUGGCAGAUAAUGCCCCCGGCUCUCAAUCUCACCACCUCGUGCAGGUCUUUACCGGGUCUUGUAGAAAGGCGACUACAACAGCCAAGGUCAUUCUCAUCCUUUAUGGGUCAGAGGGGUGGAGUGAUCCUCACCACCUGAGUGACCCCCACAAAGUCAUCUUUGAACAGGGGGCACAAGAUGUCUUCCUUGUCACCACCAGAGUCCCACUGGGACAGUUGCCUAGCAUCCGACUCUGGCAUGACAAUUCUGGUACCAGCCCAUCCUGGUAUAUAAACCAAGUAAUUGUCAGUGAUUUGGCCACAGAGAAGAAGUGGCAUUUCCUAUGUAAUUGUUGGCUGGCUGUUGACCUGGGAGACUGCCAGUGGGACCAGGUUUUCACAUCAGUCUCAAAGAAAGAACUCUUUUCCUUUAGGUAUUACUGUGUCUUGUCUCCUGGGUCCUCCACGAUUGUAGAAAAAUUCACCCAGGAGCACCUGUGGUUGUCGGUGUUGACCUGCAGCCCGUGGAGCAAGUUCACAAGGGUCCAGCGACCGUCUUGCCGCAUGACCCUUCUUAUUUAUAACAUGGUCAUCAACAUCAUGUUCUGGAAGCUCAACAGCUUGGAAGGAUGGAGACCUUCUUCUGUGACCUGCUCUGAACUGCUCAUGGGCAUCCAAACUGCUUCCAUCCUCUUCCCGGUGAAUCUCAUCACUGGGAGAAUCUUCCCACUGAUUCAGCCACAAGAGAUUCCCCCUCAUUUCCUUCCCAUUCAGGCAUCUUCCCCCUCAGACACAUCUUUCGGGUCUGUAACGACUCAAAAAAUAAUUGAGGAGUUGAAGGAAACAGUGGGAUUCUUGCACUUGAAAAAUGCAUGCUUGCCUGCCCAGUGGGAAGGCCUCGGCAGGAAUUCUGACAGCAUUACAGACCUCGUCAAGGUGCUGUACAGCCUCAUUCAUUCUCAUCUAGAAAGGCAAAGAAGUCAACAGCAGCAGACAGGGUCACAUCUCAAAAAUGGUAAAGUGCCUUUAAUGCUUUUCAGUAAAUGUCUGAGUCGUGGACAGGCUGCAAUUCCAGUGCAGCAUGCUCUUGGCAAGCCCAUCCAGAAAGCCCCGAGACUUCCUGUACUCAGCCAGUCAGCUCCAAAGCCUCAGGGGGCUCGUGGAGACCCAGAUUCUUUCCGUGGCACAGGGCCCAUGCACCUCUUUCUAGCCUAA